AUGUCCUCGCUGGCUGCCGUCAGGCAUGAAAAUAACCAUGGACCAAGAUGUAGCGUCGACUCUCAGUCCGAAGUCGCGGAGCCUCUUAUCGAUAGAACAAAUAACAAUCCAUCCAGCUUGAAACGUUCGUCUCCAUCAGACAGUGUAAGCGGGUCAUUCAUGAAAAGCGAUGAAAAUCUGCGUCGGCACUCACCGUCCCGCCGUCCUUCAGAUCCAGAAGAGGAGGCUGAAUGGUCAGGUAGCGAGGAUGUCGAGCCUACCACAAUCGAAUCCAAACGAGAAGCCCCCGUCACCUGGAUGUCUCUACCUAAGAAAGGUCAACUAGCAGUCCUCACAAUCGCACGGCUCUCCGAGCCGCUAGCAGAACGCUCAUUUUCCGCAUACCUAUUCUAUCAACUCCGCUCGUUCGACCCAAGUCUCUCUGAUAAGACUAUCUCUGGACAAGGCGGAAUGCUCACUGCCUCCUUCGCCGCCGCUCAGUUCGUGACUGCUGUUUGGUGGGGACGGGCUGCCGAUUCGCCUCGCAUUGGGAGGAAGCGGGUGAUACUCAUUGGACUAGUUGGCACUACCAUCAGUUGUAUCGGCGUGGGAUUUUCGACCUCCUUUGCUCAGGCGCUCUUCUUCCGAGUAUGUGCUGGAUGUCUCAAUGGCAAUGUCGGAGUGAUGAGGACCAUGAUCAGCGAGAUCAUCCAGGAGAAGAAAUAUCAAUCUCGCGCUUUCCUGCUUCUACCCAUGUGUUUCAACGUUGGCGUGGUAAUUGGCCCUAUCCUUGGUGGGUUCCUGGCCGAUCCAAGAUCUUCGUUCCCAAAUGUAUUCGGACCUGGAACCUACCUCGGUGGCAAGGAUGGGGUUGGCUGGAUGACAUCCUUCCCAUACGCCCUUCCCAACAUCGUGAGCUCUGUCUUCAUCCUAUCAUCUGCAUUAUGCGUCAUUUUCGGCCUAGAUGAAACCCACACGGCAUUGAGAGGUAGACCAGACUACGGUCGUAAACUUGGCAGGUGGAUCAUGCGAAACAUCUUUCGCCGCCGUCGGGAUAGCGAUAGAUACGACUAUCAUCAGCUUCGCGAUCAGGAUGAUCUUCAAGACGCAUCUCCUCUAACUGACCAAAGUGAGCAACUACACCACAAUCCCCGCUCACCCACAGGCCCAGCGCCAGUCUCGUCCUCUGCCCCAAGUCCUUCCAAAACAAGCAUCCCAUUCCGCAAGAUCUUCAACAAGAACGUGGUGCUGACACUCAUAUCUCACCACCUCCUCGCGAUGCACAUCAGCGCCUUCAACGCGCUGAUCUUCCUGUUCCUGCCCGCCCCGCGCUCGGACAACAAGAAUUCGCACCUCCCGUUGUUCUUCACCGGUGGCCUAGGCCUGUCUAGUAAGAACGUCGGCCUUGCGACCGCCAUCAUCGGCGUCAUCGGAUUCCCGCUGCAACUGCUAGUCUAUCCUUGGAUGAACACCAAGCUCGGCACGCUUCCCAGUUACCGAAUGUUCCUCCCUUUCUCCAUCCUCGCGUACCUGAGCGUUCCGUACCUGGCCUUGCUCCCUAACGAGCCACUCCUGAUGUGGCCGACGCUAACCGUCGUGCUGAGCCUGCAAGUCAUUUCGCGUACGUUCUCGCUCCCCGGGACGACGCUGCUGGUCAACAAUAGCACGCCCCAUCCAAGCGUCCUCGGCAUGAUUCACGGCCUCGCGCAGAGUGUUUCUUCCGGCGCGAGGACGAUCGGCCCAACGGUCGGCGGCUGGGGUCUGGGCCUGGGCCUGGGAGGAAACUUCGUCGCUGCUGUCUGGUGGGCCAUGGCUUGUGUAGCCGCUGUCAACUGGUGUCUACUGUGGGCUAUCUACGAGGGGGACGCGGGCUACAGCGCUGUGUCGGCCGGCUAG